AUGCUCCUCCUCACUCUCAUACUUGCCCUCAUCGGCCUCGCGGUCGCCUUGCCCGCUACCAAUCUAUCCACAGCCGAGAGCUGGCCCGCCUGGGCAUGCUCCGAUCCCAACUUCCACGGCUUCUGCGACCGUAUCUACGCCGACCAGAAAUGUGUGAACCUCCCCGAGCAGUUGAACGGCAAAGUGUCCUCGAUGAUGCAGUGGACCGGCUACGCCUGCGACUACUACUCCGACGACGACUGCCAGUUCAUUCAUUCUAAAAUGCGCGGCGACUUCCACGGUGAAACCAUCAAUGGCGUGGCGAUCAAAUGGUUCCAGGACAUGGGCCCGUUCGACGACAAGAUGAAGAGCGCGUACUGCAAGGCGUACGUGGAUGGGGCGAAUACUGCCUCGAUCCCUUCAGUUGAAGAGGGCUGGCCACACGGCGAGACUCUCACCGCCGAUCUCAUCCAAACUCCUGGUGCUGUCACUGUGUUCAGCAAGCCAAACUUUGCGGGCGACAAGACCUACGUCAAUGCAUUCGCCAAGUGCAGCCGGACGUUCGGUUGGGGAACUAUCAACUCACUCAAGCAGGAGCAAGGCGCUGUGUGUCGCUACUACCAGUCGAAAGGCUGCUUUAUUUCGAAUGCUGUGCCUGUUCUUCGCCACGACUCGACAACCGCUGCUUGGGAUGCGGCUGAUCUGGGUGCAUGGGCUUUAAGGAUUCAGUCUUUCAGGUGUGACCUCGUGGCUCCUUAG